UGGGUUGGGUGGUUCGUGUUUUGGAGUCCAGAAUGUCGAGAUAUUUGUUUGUGUUUUAAAGCGAAGUUUUUGUCAGUGUAUGUGCUUACACCUACCAAAAACAAAAUUAUACAAAUUAUAAUAAACAAUUAAAACGCUGCGUCCUAGUUUGGCUGUAGUUUGUUUACCUUAAACAUUUCCAUAAUGGCUUUUGAGUGCCAUAUAUGUAAAAAGUGUUUUGGAAAGAAAUCCAAUUUUAAUAGACACCUUGCAGAAGUUCAUAAACUAAAUAAACCUUCUAGUAGUGAUAGUAAUAGAAAACUGGGAAGCAAUCGCUGCUUGGAACAAGGAGAUGAUGAGAGUCUUUGUGGCAUUAUUUUUUCAAACAUAAAAUCUCUAAUUGAGCAUUUACAGAUCACUCAUAAUAAGAACUUUAAUAUUGAGUUGAAUCAGAUGGAGAACAUGCAAGAAUUUACACAAUGGAAAAUCAAAAUAGAGGCUCAAAAUAAAUGUUGUUACAUUCUGAAAUCAAAGAAAUCUAGUACAAGUGGUGAAGUACUACAUUAUAUUUGCAAUAGAAGCAAAGCAAGUUAUACACCACUUUUCAAUGAGUGCAGAAAAAGACUGCAAAAAAGUCAAGGGUCAUGUAAAUUAGAGCACAACUGCACCAGUUUUAUUAAUAUGAAAAAUGAAAGUGGUGCCUUACUGGUUGAAUGGCAAAAAGAACAUUACGGCCACACAAACGAUUUGGAGCAUAUAAGAAUUCCUUCACAUGAAAAAGAAAGUAUUACCUCCAAACUCAUAAGUGGAGUUCCUCCUCGAAGGAUUUUGGAAACAAACCAAGAUAGAAUUGGAACUGACUUAAAAAGAAUUGAUCUUUUAACGCAUCAAGAUAUCAAAAACAUUGAUGCCAGCUUUGGAGUUGAAGGAAAAGAUGGAAAUGGAAGUAAAGAAGAUGCAUUCUCAGUUGAGUUAUGGGUCAGAGAAUGUGAAGCCUGGGAUGUAAAUCCCGUUUUAUUUUAUAAGCGAUAAGGGCAAGAGCAUGCCAUUCUAAAGAAAGAAGAUUUUUGUCUUGUGAUUAUGAACAACUUUCAAAGGAAUAUGAUCAAAAAACUUCAAAAAAUUAUUACUGUUGACAGCAUGCAUGGCUUGAAUUCAUAUAACUUUGAAUUGACCACUGUAAUGGUAAUAGAUGAAUAUCACCAUGGUUUUCCCAUUGCUGAAAUGUUUUCAAAUAGAAAGAAUACCACCAUUCAACAUCUCUAUUUUUCUCUUAUAAAGGAAACAGUAGGUUUGUAUAAUACAUGAUAUAAUGAUAUAUUUGUAGUUUUUAUAAAAACUGAAACUGAUGCAUAUUAUAAUAGUGAAACCAUAAAAUGCAAUCAAAAUAUUAUGCUACAUAUAAAUACAUACAAACGCACAUUUUUAUUAUACAAACACACACAUUUUAAUUAUAUUUAACAUUUGACUGAUGUGCAACUAAUUUACUUCUAAACAACAGAUUAUAUAUUUUUGUUCAUAGAUAAACAAUAGAUUUGAAAGUCAAUAGAAAAAACAUGUGGAAUUGCAAUUAAAUUUUCUCAAUUUAUAAGAUAAAUAAUUUACUUUUUGAUUUAACCAGAGUUUAUUAGCAUAUUUGUGUUUUCUACUACUUUUACAGUUUUUCUUGUAGACUGUUUACCUAAAAUUUUCUGGCAAUUUAAGGUAAAAUAUCUGAGAAAACAUAACAUAUUUAAAUAUAUGAGUGAAUUUAUGAAUUCCAUUUCUCUAUAUUAUUAUCAUUUAUUACAAGCUUGCUUGUAUAUUUGUUUAUUUGAAAAUGAAUCCUUUAAAUCCAUUGUUUCUUUUACUUUUUACCCUAGCAUAAACCUUCAUUGUAACUUGGAACUGAUUAGCAAACAUGGCAUUGGUUUGGCAUUUCAAUUUCUCCUGUACUACUUUUGUUAAGACAUUUUUUAUCGUAGGUGAAGUUUGUUCUGAAAUAUGCAUGUCAGAUAUGGACGAAACAUUUUUUAAUGCAUGGAUUAUGGUGAUGGGAGUAAAAUCUGACCACUUGUUUUGCUCUUGGCAUGUAGACAGGGCGUGGCAAAGUAAUCUUACUAAGAUUGGUGAUAAGCGUGCUUCUGUUUAUAAACUGUUAAAAACUUUACAACAACACACAGUACUAGAUCAUUUUUCCUCAGCUUUAGCAAGUGCCAUGCAAAAUUUAUGCAGUGAUCCAAGCACUAAAAAAUUUGGAGAGUAUUUUAAAAAUACUUACACUCAUAAUAAUUAUAAAAAAUGGGCUUAUUGUUUUAGAGAACAUUCUUCCAUUAAUACGAAUAUGCAUUUAGAAUCAAUGCUUAAAGUCAUUAAAUAUUUUUACUUAAAGAGAAAAACAGUGAAGCGUUUGGAUAAAGGGUUAAAUGUUGUCUUACAAUAUGUGAUAUGGGAUUAAUCAUUUUAUUGCUAAAUCUGUAUCACCCUCACAUGAUCAUGAGUAUUUUUAAUUUUGUUAUGAAAUAAUUUCAGCCUAACAAUUAGACUUAUAUACUAUAUACAGGGUAAACUUGUGUAUCUGGGAUCUUGUUUGGAAAUAGUUUGCUGUGCGAUUUAGUAAUGUAAUGGUAGUAAAUGAUGUAGGUUUAGUUUUAUGAUGUUAUCAUUAGUUAACUAGAUACAAUAAACCAUUUUAAUGUUAAAAAAAUUCCUACUAAAUGCUAAAUGUUUAAACCUUUUUUUAUUUUAUUUAAAGAGUGUUCUACAAUAGAAUUAAUAUUCCAUUUUAUUUAUUAUAUUAAAUUUUUUUAUAAAACAUACAAACAUGUGUAUCUGUA